AUGUCGGUUCGCGUGGUCGCGAGGAUACGCCCUUUGCUCGAAAAAGAGACUGACAAGGAUACUAUUGUCCGCGCCGACGGUGGCGAGAAUGGCCAGCCUCACACGAUUGUUAAGCUUCCGAACCCGAAGAACGACUCUGAGGACUUCUCCUUCGCCUUCAACUCCGUGUAUGACCAGUCGACAUCACAGGAGGCUCUCUUUACAGCUGAAGUGGCACCUCACCUCAAGGCACUAUUCCAGGGUUACGAUGUCACACUCUUCGCAUAUGGCGUGACCGGCACGGGCAAAACGCACACGAUGCGUGGUGGACUCAAACUGGCCGACCGUGGUGUGAUCCCCCGUCUGCUAUCAGGCGUAUUCCGACGCGGCAAGAAGAUCACCAGGGAGUCGGGCGGCGAGACCACCGUGCAGGUGGCCCUGUCAUACUACGAGAUCUACAACGACAAAGUUUUCGACCUCCUCGAGCCGCCGGAGAAGCGAACCGCGACGGGCCUACCACUACGCGCCGAGGCCAGUGGCAGGACCGUUGUCGCUGGGUUGUCGGAGCGUGCGUGCGAGGACCUGAAGGACUUUGAGAAACUCUACAUUGAAGCCAACCAGAACCGCGUCACGGCCUCCACAAAGCUCAACGCCCACAGCAGUCGGUCACACGCAAUUCUGCGCGUCAAGAUCAUCCAGACCACUGGCGAUACCGUCCGCGAGAGCACGGCGUCCGCCAUUGACCUCGCAGGGUCCGAGGACAACCGACGCACCGACAACGGAAAAGAGCGUCUGGUCGAGUCUGCUGCCAUCAACAAGAGUCUCUUCGUGCUGAGCCAGUGUAUCGAGGCCAUCUCGCGCGGCGACAAGCGCAUCCCAUACCGGGAGAGCAAGAUGACACGCAUCCUGUCUCUGGGCCAGAACAACGGUAUCACAGUGAUGAUCCUGAACCUGGCGCCCAUGCGGAGCUACCACCUCGACACCCUGAGCAGCUUGAAUGUCAGCUCGCGUGCGAAGCGCAUCGAAGUGCGGGAGAUUGAGAACGAGGUCGUCUACAAGCAAGUCCCUAAGCAGGUCUCCAGCUUGACGGGUGCUGCGAGGCGGCAGCCGCUGCAGCCCCUGGCGAAUGCUCACAACGCGCACAAUGUUGCUGCGGCCGGUGCCAAGAAGGAAGAUACCAACAAGCCGGUCAAGGCUUUCGCGGUGUACACGGACAAGGCGAGCAAGCCCGUGACAACAGCACUGGCGAGCAAGCCUGCCGCCAACUCCAGCCAGGUGAGGCGAUCGUCGGCAGGGAAGCGCCCGUCGGAUCAUGAGCCCGCCGCUCGUCCAAGCAAGCUGGCACGACCAACGACGACGAACACGUCGAAAACGAUGUCGACGCCCAAGACCAAGGGAUCCGCAACCGUCUCAGCUGCCGACAUCGAAGCCAUGGUGGAGAAGAAGGUUGGCGAGGUGCUGGCCGCAAGGGCAGCUGCCGAUCGGCAGCCGCAGUCGCAGGCCCAGCCCGACCUGAGUGAAGCCGUACAAAAGCGUUUGGAGGCGCUCGAGCGCAAGAUUGAUAGCGAUGAGUGGCGUGACGAGAACCAGUCCGAGGGUCUGCGCCUUCUUCUGGCCGCUCGCCAAUCGAAAGAGAAGGGAGAUGACGCGGCCGCCCUGAGGAACUAUGAGAUGGCGCUCCCCUACUUUCCUGGUCAGGCCAAGCUACUGGGGAAAAUUGACCGGCUGCGCGCACGACUCGGCUUGGGCGCCCGGGUAUCUCCCGUCAAGCGUUCAGUGAGGAAGCAACGAAGCCGGCAGGUGACGGUGGACGAGGAUACGGAGUACGAGGAUGGUGAAGCUGAUGUGGACGAGGAGUCCUUUAGUCCCAUUGUGCUGAAGCAGGAAGCCAAGAUGCGCCGGCCAAGAACAAGAGUCGUCGCCCAACCCGUGUUUGACGCCCAGGAGUCGUCGAAGGAGGGUAGGCUGCUACUAGACAUUAUCAACUCACGCGAUGUGAAGAGGAUACGAACUCUGGUCGGCAUUGGCGCGAAAAAGGCCCAGGCGCUGGUCGAUUACCUGGAUCUCAUGAUCGCAGAGGACGGUGGACAGGUGGAGAGCCUGGCCCAGCUGCGAAACGUACCUGGCAUGGGAGGGAGGGCGUUUGAUCGGGCAUAUGAGGGUUUGAUGGUGUAA